AUGGCCGGAAUCACGGCUCACUCGCAAUCUCAACAAUUCGAGGAUGACGAAUUCAACGAGCUGAAAAAGACGGGAAUCUCGUGUGAUCGUCUCCGUCAAGCGCUCAAAAAGUGCAUAAAGAAUUCGCAUUGUGUUCAAGUGGACGCCCGUUCCGCCAAAGAAUGUAUCGAUGCACACGAUGGAAGUGUUCCCGACAAAUGUUUCGCCGUCUUGCAGAACUUCACCGAUUGUAAACGCUCGUUGGUCGAUAUGCGAUCAAGGUUUCGCGGAAGAAAAGGAGAUUUAUAA